AUGGAGAAGACAAUUAAUACUUUUAGAAACAAAUUUAAUAUUUCCUUGCCUUUUCUGGCUAGCUUGCGCUAUAAAAGGAAGGUGAGAUUAUCGAGCGAAAGGAAGGCUGCAAGUGGCAUGGAGGCUCUCCAUUUUGCCUUCUGUUCUAGCUCAUUACUCGUCCUCUUUCUAAUUUGGAAGGUCAGGAAUUUGAAGCACCGCCGAAAAAACGGAAGCAGAGAAGCCCCAGGGCCAAGGAAUCUACCCAUCAUCGGUAGUCUCCACUAUGUCAUGGGCCCACACCCUCCUCACGAGUCUUUUCGCAACCUGUCCGCGGUCUACGGCCCCAUCAUGCGGCUCAAGCUCGGUGAUAUCCACGCCGUUAUUAUUUCCUCUGCGGAAGCUGCUAAGGAAAUCAUGAAGACUCAUGACAUCGACUUUGCCACACGUCCUGUCAAUGACUCCGUCGAAGCCAUCUUAUAUGGAGCUAACAAUAUCUUGUUCGGCCGCUACGGUGAAUUAUGGCGCCAGAUGCGCCGACUAUGCACUAUGGAGUUGCUCAGCAUUAAGCGUGUUCGCUCCUUCAAAACAAUAAGAGAGGACGAGGUCUCUCAUCUCAUUCGACUCAUAGCGACUUCUUCUGGCGUUGUCGUCAACCUCGGCGGCAUGUUGGUGGAGACUAGCAACAACAUCAUAGCCCGUGCAGCCAUCGGUGGUCGGUGUGAUGACCAGAAGCUAUUUCUAUCGGCGAUCAGCGAUGUGGUGGAGUUUUUGUCGGGAUUCAACUUGGUGGAUUUGUUCCCGAAAAUACCAUUCAUAGGUCGUAUCACCGGAUACCAACGGAGGCUUGAGCAAUGCAAGAAGAAUUUGGAUCUAACAGCUGAAAAGAUUGUUGAAGGACACAAAAAGAAGUGGGCCAAACAUUUUUCUAACAAGGAUCAUGAGCAGUUUAUGGAAGAGGAUCUCACUGAUGUUCUUCUGAGGGUUCAACGGGAAGAUAGCCUUCAAUUCCCUCUAUCCAAUGACAACAUCAAGGCUGUAAUCAAUGACAUGCUCUUGGCUGGGAGCGAGACGAGUUCAACAACCUUGGAAUGGGCGAUGUCAGAGUUGGUUCGAAGUCCUAUGGUUAUGGAAAAGGCACAAAGAGAGGUUAGGGAAGUCAUCCGCGACAGCGGCGGGCCAGGGAAGUUGGUAGAUGAGGAGUUGAUAUAUGGUAGGCUAACAUAUUUGCAACUAGUGAUAAAGGAGACGCUUAGACUACAUCCUCCAGGAACGCUGCUACUGCCACGUGAAAAUCAAGUAACCAAAGAGAUAAUGGGAUAUGUAAUACCAGCUAAGACAAAAGUGAUGAUUAACAUGUGGGCAAUAGGAAGGGAAAAAAAAUAUUGGGGCGAUCCAGAAAAUUUUCGUCCCGAGAGGUUUGAAGAGGAUCUUGUAGAUUUUAAAGGGGCACACUUUGAAUAUGUGCCAUUUGGUGCGGGAAGGCGAAUAUGUCCCGGGAUGCACUUUGCAUUAUUCACGUUGGAGGUUGUUCUGGCGCAUUUGCUAUACUUUUUUGAUUGGAAGUUCUUGGGAAAGAAAGGGGAGAAGCUGGACAUGAUAGAAGCUUCUGGUGUCACAGUAAGGAGGAAAAAUCCUCUUUGUUUGGUUCCCACUCUUCGAUUUCCUCUCCAAUCAGCAUGACUAUUGUAUCUACGAGUAAUUUAAUGUGAUUUUAAUUAUGUGUGACUCCAAGGUUUGAUGGAUUGGAACAAGGUAAAGUUGUUAUGAGUGAAAUUCGUAAGAUAAAAAGUUUAGGGUGGUAUAAGUAAAAUCCCUUCUUUUUUAC